AUGGGUCAGAGCUGCAUUGUGGAGAUAUGGUUCCAGCUUCUUCCUGGCCUUGCCAUCAUGGGGGUGUGUUUGAUCAUUCCCAGGGUGCCCACUGUGUACAUCUACAAGUUCACCAACAGGAGCAAGGAAAAAAGAGUUUGCCAACUUCAGUACCAAUGGUAUUUGAUGGAGCAAGAUAGACACGUCUCUGAAGUCAAUCGCUACUGUGUGUCGAGGGGCCUGGAGAACACUGACUAA